AUGGCUAAGUUCUUGGGUGCCACCUCUUUAGUGGCGUUAGCUCUGCUGGGCUGCCUAGUUGGGACAGAAGUAGAAGCUCAGGGCUCUCCAUGGAUGACACCCUAUAAGAAACCACUGUCUCAGCCUCCUCAGAACAGUCAGGACCCUCAAGGACACUUCCCACCUCCUCAGGGGCUUUCACCAAACUAUCAGACACCAAAUCUCCCACCUCCACAACAAUGGAAUCCACCAAGCCAUCAGCAUCCAAACCCCCCUCCUCCUCAACAAUGGAAUCCACCAAGCCCUCAGUAUCCAAACCCCCCUCCUCCUCAACAAUGGAAUCCACCAAGCCCUCAGUAUCCAAACCCCCCUCCUCCCCAACAAUGGAAUCCACCAAGCCCUCAGCACCCAAACCCCCCUCCUCCACAACAAUGGAAUCCACCAAGCCCUCAGCACCCAAACCCCCCUUCUUAUCACAGGAAUCCUCCAUAUCCUCAAGCACCAAAGCCCCCACAUCAUCAAAAAGGUCCUCAACUUCCUAAAGACGAUCAGGCUCCCCAGAGUCCACAGAUUCCUAAACAACAGCAAUCUGUAACACCGCAGAAGCCUCAUGUUUCCUCACCAACAAAACCACAGCAUCCUGCCCUUCGGAACUGUGACGUGGAUUUAAGUGUGAGAAUACCAUGUGGACCUCCUAUUGUCACUGAUACUGAAUGUGAAUCCUUAAACUGCUGCUUCGAGGGCAACAAGUGCUACUUUGGAAAGGCAGUAACUGUCGGGUGCACCAAGGACGGCUUAUUCCUUGUUGUAGCAGCCAAAGAUGCCACUCAACCCAACAUUGAUCUCGAGGCAAUUUCACUAUUGGGAGGAGGUCAAGGCUGCACACAUGUUGACUCCAAUUCACAGUUUGCUAUCUACCAGUUUCCUGUUACUGCCUGUGGCUCCCUCGUCAAGGAGGAGCCUGGUGUUAUCAUCUACGAGAACAGGCUAACAUCCGCUUAUGAAGUGGGAGUUGGGCCUCGUGGAGCCAUAACCAGAGAUAGCCAAUAUGAUUUGCUCUUCCAGUGUAGGUACAUCGGCACCUCUGUUGAAACUCUGGUUGUAGAAGUUCUACCAUUGCAGAAUCCUCCUCUACCAGUUGCUGCUCAGGGACCCAUCAGUGUACAGUUGAGACUGGCCAAUGGGCAAUGCUCCUCAAAGGGUUGUAAUGAAGUGGAUGUGGCCUAUAGCUCUUUCUAUUCGGAGGCAGACUAUCCUGUGAGAAAAGUACUGAGGGAUCCUGUGUACGUGGACGUUCAGCUCCUUGGAAAGACAGAUCCACUCCUUGUUCUAACUCUUGGUCGCUGCUGGGCAACCACGAGCCCCGAACCUCACAGCCUGCCCCAGUGGGACAUUCUGAUAGACGGAUGUCCAUACAGGGAUGAUCGCUACUUGUCUUCACUGGUUGGAGUAGAUGAGUCCUCUGGUCUGGAAUUCCCAAAUUACCACAAACGUUUCAUUUUCAAAAUGUUUACCUUUGUGAACCCCAGCUCAAUGGAACCCCUGAGAGAACUGGUGUACAUUCACUGUAGUACAGCGGUGUGCUACGCUGAUUCGGUCACCAGAUGUCAACGAGCGUGUCUCUACAGGAGAAGGAGAGAUACCGCAGCUGUGAGCCAGGAGAAGAGUGAACCAAAGGUUGUGGUUUCUUCUGGACCGGUGGCCAUGGUGUCUCCACAGCAGUGAACAGCACCAGACUCAGUUUUAGAAAAACAUUUGGAACAUGUUCAGUUACUAGUGGAAUGAACUGAAAAUGUCAAACUGUUAUGUAUCACCAAAAAAAAAACUCUAAGUGUGCUGCAGGACGAAUCAAAUGCAUCUGAUCAGAAUCUUGUAUUCCGAUUUAUAUUAAAGAAGAAUUGGCUCAGACAUGCUGUAAAUAUUAUAUAUACACCUUUUGUUGUUUAUCAAUGACAUUUUAAAAACAGGAACCACCAAAACUGACUCUCCUAAAAUGUAACAAAACACAACAAAAUCUCAGAAUUAAGUUGUUAGAAAUCAUACCAGCAAUAAAUGAAAUCUGAAUAUUUUAGAAUAAAGUUUUACCUUGUGUGGGGGUGUCAGACAGUUCAAUUGAUUAACUCUUCCAUUUAAAAGUCAAGCAACAGUAACAAAAAGAACUGCAUGGAAAUGUCCUGUUAUUGUAAAAUUUCAAAAAGCAAUGAGAUCCUGAUAUUUGCAGCAAAUUACUAAAAACCUGGUACUUGAAGGAUGAA